UUAUGACUUUAUGUGACUUACUAAUCAUUACUAAUCAUCGUCAUCAUCAGCGCGUACUUUCUUUGAACCGAGAAAUUUUUUUUAUUCCUUUGUUAUUUUUUUCUUUUUAUUCCAUAGUAUGUGAAAAUUUGUAUAAAUUAAAUGUAGGAAAAAACACGCCAACUAAAAACCAGUUUUUAGUUGGCAUUUUAAAAAUGUACAAAAUAAAAAAAAAGUUUUUUUAACGGAAAAAAUUUAGAAUGCAAAAAUAUGUCAAAUUUAUUUAAUUUCUUUCCGAUUAAACAACAUAAACUUUUGGCCUUUCCCUUUUAUGACGCAUUUAUUUUUUUAUUUCUAAAAUCUUAUUUAUAAAACUACAAAAUCAAAAUUGAAAUAACCCUUAGAAAAUAUUAAUUUUAAAAUUAGGGUUGUACCCCGAACGCUUGGGAGUUGGUGUGUCAUGGUACGAGGUUUUCACAUUGUUUCGAGGCGGGGUUUGGGUCGAGUGAGCAAAAUAUGUAUGGUCGGGUUCGGGCCGAGACUUGGAACCAAAAAAGGCAUUUUUGGUAUGUUUGUAUAACUUCGAAAACCCCGAAACUUUUCUGGAUUGAGGGACUGGGUUUUCAAUUUUUCGAAGGAGUACAACUCUAAUUUUAAUAAUAUUAAAAAAAUAUUUUUUCACUUUCUUUCUAAAACAAAAAAAAAUAUUCUUGUACUUAUUUAAUAUUUAAAUCUUUCAUACUUCAUUUUUUCCCUAAAAACCACUUCAAUCCUCUCCUAUAUUUUUGUUUAUAUUUAUGUUAUUGUCUCUUUUCUAAAUACUUUUAUCCCCAUGGAGUUCUAAUUUGCUAUGACAUGUCUCCGUUUUUUACAGAUUUUUUUAUAGACUGUUGGUGGUAUGGGCUGUUCAUUAAAAAAGAAAUCUUUCACCCCAUUGUUGUUAGUUUUUGAACUUUUAUAACAAAAAAUUUGGUAUUUUUAUGGUUUUUGUCCUUACACUUUUUAGGCCUUAAGAAAUGGCAUUUUCAAUUUAAUUUACCAAAGAUUAGAAAAAAUUUGGAAAUGGAAAAAGAAGAGAAGCUCUGAUUUAGUGCGGGUGGUCUUAAUUUCCUGCUUCCUGCCUUUAAACUUUAAAAAUUCAGAAAAGCUUCCUUAUUUUUACUUAUU